AUAGCAGUACAACUAGUCACAGAUACAUAGUAGGACAGAGGCUACAAAUUAAAAUGACCACACAACUUGUUAAGAUCGGGACAUGGGGUGGAAAUGGAGGAGGUCGUGUAGACCUAUCUGUACUCCCAAGGAGCUUGAAAAGCGUGACAAUCCGUAGUGGUGCAGCCAUUGAUGCUAUUGCCUUUACAUACAUUGGCACAGAUGGGAAGGAACAUCUUGCAGGUCCUUGGGGUGGUGGCGGUGGAAAUCCAACUACGAUUACACUUGGAUCUCAGGAAUUCGUGAAGGGAAUCUCCGGAACAUUUACCAACGUCGUGACAAACCUUCAAAUUGUCACCAAUGUCACCACUUAUAAUUUUGGACAAGGUGGUGGAACUGCUUUUAGCCUCCCGCUGCAGAGCGGCAGUGUGGUUGGUUUCUUUGGUCGCUCGGGCGCACUUGUGGACUCUAUCGGAGUUUAUGUCCACAUAUGAUAUAUGUCAUCUACAUAUGAAUAUAUCCAAUUGGAUAUAUGUUGGAUCAGUGCUCAUGAUAAAUUCACCCCUAAAGUCUUGUUUGUAUAAUCCCUCACACAAGAGGUUGAAGGAGAUUUGUAGGAGAUUAAUUCUACACCUCCCCUCCAAUCUCUCUCUUGGGGAUGAAUCGCACAAGACCUAAGUCCUAAGGGUGACAUUUCUUUCAAUCACUCUAUAUACCUAUACAUAUAUAGUGUGCAUGUGUAUGUGGCCUAGGCCCAAAAGUUUACCUCACUAGUGCCCCGUUAUGUUUCUCUCAGUGCUGUAUACAUUUAUGUGUUGUGCUACAUUCGCUACAUAUGUAUGUGGUUUAUAUAUGAUUAUAUAUAAAUAAAAGACUACUGUGAUGUAUUGUGCUUAAAUGCACGAAAGCCUA